GUACACCUCUAACCUCCCACCACUUUCCUUCCAUCUUCUAUUUUCCUCUCUCUCUCUGUGUCUCUUCCCUUUUAUAUUCCCCCUUUCCCUCCCUCCGCAUUUCCUCAAACUCUCUCUUACCACUUUCCAUCUCUCUCAAAAACCCCUUUUGCAAUCCCUCUCUCUCCCUCUUCAUUUCUCUCGCAAUUCCUACUUCCCUUCACCCAAUUUCCAACAUGAAUUCCGCCAUGAUCAAGCUCUUCCUCGUCUUGGGCCUACUGGCCACCUCCUGCGUCGCUCAGGCGCCGACCGCCACCCCAACCCCGGCUCCCACCGCCGUCCCGACACCGGCGACCCCUGCUCCUGCUCCGGUCGCCACUCCCACCCCCGCACCGGCUCCGGCGCCACUCACCCCUGCUCCCACUCCAGCUCCCACCGCAUCCCCAACUCCCGCACCUUCAACUGCUCCCUCCACCGCCCCCACCCCUGCUGCUGCUUCUCCCCCGGCUCCCCCUACUUCCCCCGCCGGCUCGCCCGCCGCCGGACCCAAUGCUGACGUCCCUCCUUCCGGAAACUUCGCCGCCGGACUCGACAGAGUCUUCGUCGCCGGUACCGCCGUUGCGGCUGCCCUCUUCGCCUUCGUCGCUUUGGCCUAGAGAUCCAUAUUUCUCUGUGCUUUUUCGGUUUAUUGUCCUUUUUUUUUUAAUUUGAAUGAUCGGACGGACGCGGACGGCUUUAGAUCUUCGUAUGGUCAUUACAUUGAGCGGUUGAGAUCUUUUCAUCUGUUUAUUUAUUCGUUGACUCUUUAGUGCCUUUUCUUUUUAAAAUUUCUCUUCCUUUGUUGUUCUUAAUUACCUUUUGGGAUUUCCCUUAUUAUUGUUGAUUAAUUCUAUAUUGUGAAUUUGUUGUGGUGGGCAAUAAUGGGCUGAUGUGCUUACACGUGUGGAUUUACAGUACGGGAUGUAGAAAAUUUCUGGGGGAAUUAUUAUUAUUAUUGUUGUGUAAAUCGAGCGAAAUUGAUUAUUAGCUGAAUAAAUGGGAUGUUUGUUAUUCUUCAUCAAUUACUUGGCUCUUUCCCGUUGCAAUCCCCCUUCAUUGGCACGUCUGUGUUGUUACCUUUUAUUUGCCACAAACUUGGCAAUCCACUCACUAUCAUCCUAUAAAGUUCAGAUUUUGAU